AUGGACCCGACUGACACCGGCGCCUUCGCAAAUCGACGACCCUCAGACUCUUCAUUCUUCAUCCGACCUCAUGCGUCGAGCACAGACACGCGGGAACGGCGUGGCAGGGAUACCAUAUUCCAAGAUCCGACACACAAUUUCCUCAUCGAUUUCGGAUCCGAGGAAGGCUUUAUGCAAGCGGCGAAGAAGAAGAAGAAGGCGGCACCAGCCAGGGCCCCUAUGAGCAACAAUAACAACGACGAUGAUGCGAAGAAGGAUGACGAAGGCGCUGGCGACGGUGGUGACCAGGGCGGCAAUGCACCCAAUGAUGGCGGUGGUGCGGCAGGCGACGGCGACGGCGGCGACAAGGACAAAGACAAGUACGUCCCGCCGCCCGUGGACGACCCGCCACUAGAAGACGACGGUUGGGGGUUCGCGUCACAAUCCAAGAAGAAAGGCAAGAAGGCCGAUGAUCCCCCAGCAAUCGACUCGUUUCAAGAUAUCAAACUGGAUGAUACUGGAGGCGGCCUCGAUAUCAAUUUUGGCUCAACGGAAACUAAGCCAAGUUCUGGAGGCGGAGGUGGAUGGGGAUCAGGUUGGGGUCCAGGAUCGUGGGGUUGGGGCGGUAGCAAGAGCCCAGCCACAGCUGAUACGAAGGAAGAAAAGAAUCCCUGGGGCCUGGGCCUCACCACCAGUAAAAUAAAAGCCAAAGCCACCACGCUGGGCUUCAGCUUCGGUGAUGACGACAAACCACCCGAGCCAGAGCCCGAACCCGAACCGCCCUCUUUUCCCUCGGCAGUAGAAGAGAAGAAAGAAGACCCGUGGGGCUUCGGCACGGCAACGACCAAGAAGGAGAAGAAAAAGAAGAAGGCCAGCGUCUGGGAUCCUAUGCCAGAGGAGGACAAGAAGGAGGAACCGCCCAAGGUAGAGACACCCGCUGAUGAUCCAUGGAGCUCAUGGGGAACCACGACCAAGAAGAAGAAUAAUGCUGAACCUGAACCACCAAAGGAUCCGGAACCCGAACCUGAGCCGGCAAAACAGGACGACCCUUGGGGCUUCACACCUUCCCUAUCUAAGACGGACAAGAAGAAGAAGAAGAAAGGCCUUAUUGACCUACUAGAACCGGAACCGCCCAAGGAAGAGCCGAAGCAAGAUGACAUCUGGGAUAGUUGGGGCUCAAGCGGUAAGAAGAAGAAGGAAGAGCCCGUAGUGGAACCUCAGCCAGAGCCGAUUCCUGAAGCCGCCCCCGAGCCUCCUCCUACUGCUACUGCUGACCCCUGGAGUUGGGGCUCCGCAGCUACCAAGACGGAUAAGAAGAAAAAGAAGAAGGCCUCCGAACCUGAACCUCCUCCUCCCGAGCCCGAACCUGAACCUGAACCUGAACCAGUCGCAGCCCCCGAACCGGAACCGGAACCGGAGCCGCCCAAGGUUGAGGUGGACCCCUUUGCUGGCCUAAAUAAGUCGCAGAAGAAGAAGAAAAAGGCCGAGAUGGCUGCCGCCGCACUCGCCGCCGAACAGGCCGCAGCUGAGGCCGCCGAGGCCGCCGCCGCCGCCGCAGAAGCUGAGGCUGCGAAACAACCGGAGCCAGAACCGGAGCCGGAGCCAGUCAAGGAGGAGCCGGUGGACGAGGGUUUCUCAUGGGGCCUUAGCAAAAAGGACAAGAAGAAGAAAAAGGCAAAGGAGCCUGAACCUGAACCUAUCCGGGAGCCUACCCCACCGCCUGCCCCUGAACCGGAACCCGAACCGGAGAAAAAGGACGAUCCAUGGGGCUUCACUACAUCGAUGUCGAAAACGGACAAAAAGAAGAAGAAGAAGGGACUUCUCGCUGAUCCAGAGCCUGUGAAGGAGCCAGAACCAGAACCGGAACCUCCCGCUCCCGAACCCGAACCGGAGAAGCCCGCCGAAGAUGACUUCUGGUCCAGCAUGACGACUUCCAAGAAGAAGAAGAAAGGCAAAGUUGACCCCGAGCCCGAGCCAAUCCCUGAACCAGUCCCUGAACCGCCAGCUCCUGAGGAGGAACCUGAGCCUCUCCUGGACGAUUCGUGGUCCUUUGGUCUUACCAAGAAGGACAAAAAGAAGAAGAAGGGCAAGUCUGAUCCCGAGCCAGAGCCAAUUCCUGAGCCAGCCUCCGAACCUCCCCUAGUUGAACAGGAGCCAGAUCCUCCAGCGGACGAUGACUGGGCUUUUGGUCUUUCCAAAAAGGACAAGAAGAAGAAGAAGGCCAGCGAGCCGGAGCCGGAGCCCGAAUCGACCAAAAGCGAAAAGAAGGAGGAUGACGACUUCUUCGCCAGCCUCGACUCUUCUAAGAAGGACAAGAAGAAGAAGAAAGAGGAAGACAAGCCAGCUGAUUCCUGGGGCAUUUGGGGCCUUUCUUCUAAGAAAGACAAGGAGAAAGAGAAGGAAAAGGAGAAAGAAAAGGAGAAGGAGAAGGAGAAGGACAAGAAGAAGAAAAGCAAAGAGGUCUCGCCAGCUGAAGAACCCAAGGCCGCAGCUGAAGACGACUGGGCAGACUGGGGUCAAAAGAAGGAUAAGAAAAAGAAGAAGAAGGAUGAGUCUAUGGCCCUGGUUGAAAUCAACGUAGAGGAUGAGCCUACGCCUGCAGAGGAGGCCCCACCAGCCGCUCCUGAUGUCUCGGACCCCGUUGAAGAGGAAGGUUUCUUCAGCUCGUGGAUCACUGGCAAAAAGGACAAGAAAAAGAAGAGCGAAUCUGACUUUUCUAUGAGGCCGGACGCCAUUGAAGAGCCCGCAGAAGACAUAUGGGGAACUGCCUCUUCAAAGAAGAAAAAGAAGGAUAAGUCCAAGAACGAGCCAGUGGAAGUCAUGGACGGGGAGCCCAAUCUGGAUUCCAUGCAACCGGACUCCGUCGAGGAAACCAAGGACGAGGACGACUGGGCCGCCUGGGGUUCCUCGAAGAAGAAGAACAAGAACCGUAAGGACCCACUCGCCGACCCUCCACCGCCAGCUCCCACCCCUCCCACGAUGGACAUGACUGAGCCUGAAGCAGAACCAGAACCAGAACCAGAGAAAUCCAGCUUCUGGGGCGACAUGACAUCUUCUAAGUCUAAAUCCUCCAAGGACAAGGAGAAGGACAAAGACAAGGAGAAGUCUAAGAAAGAGCCCAAGCUGAGCGAGAAGGAGCUGAAAAAGCUCGAAAAGGAGAAGAGGAAAGCCGAGAAGGAGGAGGCAGCUCGGAAAGCCAGAGAAGAGGAAGAGGCCGCCGCCGCCGCCGCCGAAGAGGCUGCAAAAGAGGAGGAAGAGCGCCUUGCCCGGGAGGCCGAAGAGGCUGCUGCCGAGCAAGCCCGGAUCGAGGCGGAGGAGGCGGAGGCGGCCGCAAAGGAGGAGGAAGAACGGCUUGCCAGAGAGGCCGAAGAAGACGACACGUUCGCAGCCUUGGAGGCCAAAAAGCUCAAGAAGGGUAAGUUGACCAAAAAGGACCAGGCCGUUUACGACAGGUUAAAGGAGGCCAUCGACGAGCGCAAAGACCAGGCGUCCGCCGCAGCCGAAGAGGCCGCCCAGAAGGAGGAGGAGGAACGACUCGCCAGGGAGGCGGAGGAGGCGGAGGCGGAGGCAGCUGCAAAGGAGGAAGAAGAACGGCUUGCCCAGGAGGCCGAAGAAGCUGCCUUGGCGGAAGAGCAAGCGGCCCGGGAGCGCGAGGAAGCCGAGGAGGCAGCUAAAAAGGCCAAGAAGAGUUCCAAGUCCGAGAAGGAAUCCAAGUCCAAGUCCAAGUCUAAAGAAAAAGAGAGGGAGAAGGAGAAGGAGAAAGAGAAGAAAGAGAAGGACAGAAAGAAGGACAAGAAGGAGAAGAAGAGUAAGGAUAAGAAGGAUAAGGACGAGGACGAAGACGAGGAGAAAAUCGAGGAUGAGGAACCAGUCGACGAGGAUACUCCCAAGGACGACGACCUAGGCGAUAUCGAGCUCACCGAGGAGCAAGUUGAAGAGCUUCUGGCCGACCCGGCACCUCCGCCACCGCCCACCGUCCCGGGAUCCAAGGCCAACGACGCCUUCAGCUUCUGGGGCCUUGGACUUGGUACCAAAAAAUUGGCUAUGAAAGAUGAUGCAAAUGUUGGCUGGAAUGUGACGAACACCUCUUCCACCAACGAUGCUCCAGCCUGGAUGCCAUCGUCCAUGGCUCGCAAGGCCAAGGGAAGCACGAUUGCUGACAGAUUGAAAGCCUUUGAAACGAGGUCGCCAUCACCACCCCCGCUAGAGGACGACAUCGACGAUGUCGUGGACGAUCCUGAGCCAAUCGUCGAGGAAGCUCCCCCGCCACCCCCUCCCGAGCCAGCUGUUCCUCUGACAAAGGAAGAGAGAAAGCGACUCAAGAAGGAAAAGAAACGUCUUGAAGCUGAAGCUGCCGCUGCACCACCACCACCACCGCCUCCACCAGUAGCUGAACCGGAAGAAUCAUCUGAGCCUCCCGGCGCGUUCCCUGCCGACGAGGACGAGAACGAGAUCAUCGAGGUGAUCGAAGCGCCAGUUGAGAAGAAGAAGAAAAAGAGCAAGAAGAGUAAGGACAGGGGCAUCCCUCCUGAGGACAUACUUCCACCCGCUCCGCCACCACCGCCAGCCGUUCCUGAGGCGCCGCCUGCCGUCGAACCCGAGGAGGAGCCUGUAGUUGAGGAGCCUAUCAUCGAGGAGCCUAUCGAGGAGCCUCCGCCAGAGCCAAAACCUUCGAAGAAGGAAAGGGCUAAGAUCAACCGCGAAGGUUCCUCUUCGUGGGGAGUGUGGGGCGCCUCUACUGGCCGCGAAAAGGAAAGGGACAGAGAGCGGGAUCGGGAUCGGGAUCGCGACAGGGAAAGAAAGCCUAAGUCCAAGUCCGAUAGGCGCGAGAGGAAGCACUCUUCUGCCGAGAAAGAAGAAAUCAAGGGCUCUUCCAAGGCCUCGAACUCCGACAAGGCCGACCGCUCGAUGGAGGCGCAGCCUCCGGCACGCCCGAAACUGACGUCUAUGUUCAGCACCCCACCCAUAUCUCGUUCGGGAGACCGACGACACGCAUCUGGACGGACAUCUCGCCGUCACUCGGUUGACGCUGCCGGCUUAAUGUCACCUCCGGAGGAGACACCUCGCAUGUCUUCAAAGGCCGCCAAAGUCCUUGGCGUUGACAAGUCCAGCAGCCGGCGACGAAAGCGUGAUCCCGUAGAUGAGGAUGAAGUCCUCAUGAUGGGAGGCAACGGAGAAGGUGAAGACAUGAUGCCUCCCAAAUCCUCUCGCCACCGGUCGCGUUACCCCAAGGACGAUGACAUUUCCAUGGGUGAUGUCCGUGAACCUCCUCCCAUGAAACGGUCUGGAUCCAGCGCCAAGAAGGGUCUCGGCGGUCUCUUCAGUGGUCUUAGGACACCCAAGGCGGAACGCCCAGAACCCCGGCGGCGGCACACAUAUGCAACCGACGACGAGGCCAGACGCGAGCGACGCAAGGGCUCUGCUGCCGAUGCGGAAGAGGUCGAAGCCGCAGCAAUGACCGACAUGGACCAGGAUGCCCGCCGCGCUGCUCGUCGUGCUCGUCGCGCCGCCCGGGAAGCCGAAGCUGCUGGGGCCGCUGAACAAGAGGCCGACGAUGCACGCCGCGCCAAGGACGAGGCAAGACGUGAGCGCCGUCGCCGACGAGAAGAGGAAGACGUCGAGGCCCGCCGCCGGGACGAAAAGGAGGCCAGGCGUGCCGAACGACGUGCGGCUCGUCAACGCGACGAGGAAGAACGUGAAAGAGAAGCCCAGAAAGCCGAGCGACGACAACGUCGAAAGGACCGUGAAGCUGCGGCUGCUGCCGCCGCUGCCGAGGCCGAUGCAGAGGCUAGACGGGCCGCCAAGGAAGAACGUCGUCGUGCUCGUGAAAAGCGUGAUACGGCAACGGCCGACGAAGAGGAUGCUCGAGUUGCCAGGAAAGAAGCGAGACGCGCUGCCCGUCGUGCUGCCGACGCGGCGGAGGCCGAAGAAAUGCAGCAACGCGGAGGCCACCGGCGGACUCGGGAGUCGGGCGACGAGGCCAUGUACCCCUCCUCCCGUCACAGGUAUCGUCGCGACGAAGGAACACCGGCGUGGCCUCACUCCGGAACCUCGUCAUGGGUCAAGGAACACACCGACGCGGGCCCGCCCCCCGAGGACGUCGGACAUACGGAUGCCGUCCCGCAAACCGAAGACGAGGCCCGUCGCGAGCGACGAGAGCGUCGCCGUCGGGCCAGAUACGAAGAGGGCACCGCCGACGAGGCCGACAAUCGCCGGCGCAAGGCCCGGCGCGAGGAGCGCGCACGAUACGGCGAGAGCGGUGCGGGCGGCGGGUCGGAGGGCAGUGACGAGCGCCGGCGACAGGCCAUGUUCUCCGACGCGACGCCGCGCAGCAGCUGGUGGCGGAAGUUGACUGGAUGA